GAUUAUAAUUUUGGGCUCUCCGCAAAAGUGAGGUGUUUUCGUGCGCUAAGAAUCCGUAAAUUCUUUGCGGACUUUUUAAUAAAUUUUUGACUUCAUAUUGUGGGACGAAAAUAGCUGUAUCUAAACUUGUGUAAAUUUUCGCGAUCCAAGGUUCGGUGUAGCAGGGAGUUUGCUUCUGUACGCGGCGCCGCGAUCGCCUUCUCAGUUUGCGUCCCGACGUCUCAGCACCAACUUGAUCCUCAGUUGAGUCCGCAGUUGUCCGCGAGAAACAUCACACACAUAGUCAACAAUGGCCGACCUCAGUGCACGCGAAAUUGAAAGGGCGGAAUUUGCCUUCUCAAUUUACCAAUCUGGUGGCGAAGCAACCAUCGAUGCCUACCUUAUCGGUGAUGUUUUGCGUGCCCUCAACCUCAACCCAACCCUGGCCCUCAUUGAAAAGAUGGGUGGCACGAAGAAGAAGGGUGAGAAGAAAAUCACAGUCGAAGAAUUCCUCCCAAUCUACGCACAGGUGAAGAAAGAAAAAGAUCAGGGAUGCUAUGAAGAUUUCCUGGAAUGUCUGAAACUGUACGACAAAAAUGAGAACGGUCUUAUGCUCCUAGCUGAAUUGAACCACAAUCUUCUUGCUCUUGGUGAGAAGCUCAAUGAUGAUGAAGUUGCGGAAGUAUUCAAGGACUGCAUGGACCCUGAGGAUGACGAUGGCCAGAUCCCAUAUGCCCCAUUCCUCCGAAAAAUGUGCGAUGGUUGGGGAGCGAAAAAGGAAGGAGAAGCAUAAGCGCCCAACAGGAGAAUGACAAUCAAAAUGAAUUUGUAAAGAUUUAAAAAAAAAAGGAAAACAAGAUAAAAACAAAAAAUAAAUAUCAAAAAAAAUUGUGACGCAGACCAACAUCAAUUCAGCAAUAAAAUCAAUUCUUUUGCGAAUCCUGAAGAUCAACAAAAAUGACAUCGACCUUUAUUAUGUAAUAACAUCGGAGCAUAAUUAAUUUAAAAUAAAUAUUUUAUUAUACAAAUGAAACCGUGCACGCAGAGAAUUUUUGUUGUUAAUAAAAAACCAAUAGACUAAUUUCAA